CCUAACUGAGGCUGGCCUUGGUUCGGAUGACCGCAGUGGUGCUGCCUCCCUGUGCUCUACAGCCGUGCAGGUGCAGAGUCCAAGCGGCACACCGGGCCUAACGUUUCUGUGAGGGGAAUAACGGCACGCCGGAGCCGGUGGGAUAUUUCAUGUGAUUCGUUGUGUCGGGUUUGUUAAAAAGCGUGAGAGGGUCCGUGUGCCGUCUAUUCCCUUAGGUUGUCGGUGUGCUCAUGAUGUAGGCCGGUAAUUCUGCUGGAGGAACGCGCAUUGAAAUUUUCAUUUCCACACCUGGAGAGAAUACAAAGUAAAAGGGUCAAAGGCAAAAGAAAGAAGCUUCUGUAAUCCAUGUGCCCAUUAGUGUCUGAUUGGCAAGAUGAGUACAGACAGACCCAAACGGAAUAUCAUCAAAAAAAAUAUGACAUCAGCGACGGGAUGCCGUGGUGUGAAGAACGUCUGGUCCGCAAAGUUCUUUUCCUCUCCCUCAGGGAAUUCAGAGACACACACCGUGCCACACACAAACACUCACACAGACACACGCGCGCACACAAACGCACAUCGAAAAGUACUCUCUUACAUGCUCAGCAAAAGAGACAGACACUACCAAACACACACACACAGAAGAACACGCGCACAAGACGGAGUGUGCACACGCCACAACAAAGAGUCAAACAUAGAUCACCAAACACACAUACACAGAAAAACACACACAGUGCACAAAAUAUGCACAUUUCAAAACACCUACAUGAAGACACCAACAAAGGGCAAAAAACUAAUUUGUCUCAGGUCUCGUACACACCAAAAAAUAAAUGUACCCACACACUACAGAACAUGCAAACACAAUCAAAACUGUCUGCAGGGAAAAUGACACGCAGUGUACAGCAUACACACCUAGAAAAUACACACACGUUCCAGAAGAAUUCUGUUUCAACCAGGACACUACGCUCUCAUAAAACACAAAAAACACUGUUGCUGAACUCGAAAUACACAGAAACUGCAAAACACACACACGCUACUCCGCACAAACACUCAGUGAAAAACACACAGACAUUGCUGAAACCUUCUGCCCCGGCCAGGAUGUUGCGCUCACACACUCCCACACGCCUCAGGGGCUCCCUGGUUAAUGGCAGCAUCAGCCAGUGUCAGUCCCUCCUGUCAGCCCGCUGGAGCUUGUCCUUACAGACACAACGCCCUCAACAGCGCCACCCUGACAGCAUCCAUUGUCACAAGGAUGACCCUGCCAGCAAGAGGCUUCAGGCACAGAGGAAGUUUGCCCAGUCCCCUCCCAGCUCUCCAGGACCGCCAGUGUUGAGGACACCAGCAAGAGGUAACCACAACCUGGCCGUGGUCACCUGUCUGACGAGACGCAGUCCCAAGACUGAGGACUUCUUGUCCUUUCUCUGUCUGAGAGGUUCAUCAGCAUUGCCUAGCAAGAUGGCCUUCUUAGCAAGUGGACGAGCAAAGGAGCCAGCUGGCAAUCAGCAUCUUCCUUCCUGUCUUUCCACCAAUCACAGGACUGCAGCGGAGGGGAAGAACAUGAGCACAUUGAGCAGAACAACAGUACAGCGAGACUCUCGGUCUCUGAGAGGGAGGCCCGCAGGCUCUGCAGCGGUCAGCUCCUUCUGCCCUCUAAGCGCCCGUGCACAGAAGAGGAGGGAGAGAGAGAGGAGAGAGGAGGAACAGCAGAGGAGGAGCGAGGGGAUGGGAGCUGAGAGACACCUCCUGAGACCACGCCAGCUCUCCCUGCAGGUCAGGAGGACUAACACGGUUGCCAUGGUGACAAGGCUCUCUGAACAAAGAGCCUCCUGUGUCAGGUCAGUUCCCACCUUAAAGCUGAGCACCGGUGGGGGCAGCAGACGCUCCCCCAGGCCCUGCACAAGGCCUAGCAAUACCUGUAUACCAAGACUCCUGGAAGCCAACAACAAACACCUCUCCCAGCACAGCAAACACCAGCUGCCUCGCAAUCGGCAUCUUUCUCUAGACCAACGAACCGUCUUAGACUACUAUGGCAACCCAAAGACCUUCAGUCGUGUCCAGAACUCAGGAAGACAUUCAAGCAAGACUCCAGCUCAAAUCCCAUUGAUGAACAGCUCAGCCAUCAGUGAGAACCCUGGGGUCCUGAGGUCGUCCAGAAGAAGGAGAGGCCUUCCACCAGACACCAGCCCUACCCCUCUGAACAACAAGAACUCAUCAAAGAAGUGCAGGACAGUGCAAUGUAAUGAUGAUGAUGUCCCAGUGGAGAGUGACUGCCAUAUUGGUGAGAUCCCUCAGAGGGAGGCCAGCUGUGAUAAAGAUUUUAGAGAGGAGUCUGUGAGUCAUAUUAGUGAAAUCACUGGUAGUCAUAAAGAAGACCUUACACAGGACAGAUGUGGCCAUGUUGGAGAGAUGAGAGUAGAGAGGGACAGUUGUAUUAGUGAAGACCUACAAGACGAGAUGCAUGUUGGAAAGUUAAGUUUCACCAGGGUCUCUGCUCUGGAGCCCUCUCAAGAAGGGGUCAACCUUAACAACAUCAUCACAAACUAUGACCUCAGCCCCGUUAGGGAGGUCCUCGGCAGUCAUGUGAGAGAAAAAAGGCUCCAGAGAAAUCAUCCCACUUCAUCCACAUUCUCUAAACUAAUGACCAGGACUGCUGAUUCCAGAGCUUCUGCUGUGAGGACUACUGUAACUAAAGCUGCUAUCAACUUAGUGACUUCUACACAAACACACACUGACCCACCAGCCAGUUAUUCUGCCAAGCACACUGCUAAGGGCACUAACAAACGUACUAGCAAGGACAUUAUCAAGUGUACUUCACCAGCCAGCACAUACUCUAUCCAUAAUUCCAAAGGUGCUGUAAAAGACUCCUCCAAGGGUACCACAGAGGACUUGACCAAGGACAGUUUACCUGUCUGUAGCUAUUCUAGCACUUCCAAGGGCUCUACAAAGGGCCUCCCCCAGAUCAAGUCUACUACCUCAGCCAUUAAGACCAGGAGCAGCCCGAGAAUCCUCCUGAAGCACUAACAAACGCCUGAGCUACGUCUGAAAACAUUCACAGAUUUACUAUUCGAUAUAUUGAGGUUUAGCAAAAUGUUUAAAUGUUUAAAACAACAUUAGAUACUGUUGAUCAUAAGCACCACAUGAUGAUGGUUGUUGGCUGGUUGGAUAGUGACGUAGUGACUAUGUACUGUUCUCUACAUAUGUCAAUGAUUGUGGGAUCAUUUUAAUUCUAUAUGUUUUGACUGUGAAGGCUCAUGCACACCUUCGAUUUCUUGUAGACGGGUUCAUAGGAGGAAGGGAAGAGAGAAUUCCCGCACACGCUUUUACUUGCAAUGAACCUUAUUUAUAAAUACAACAUUUCGAUCCUUAGAUCUUCAUCGGAUGAGGCUUAAAAUAAGGUAACGGUGAUGCUUUACCUGAUGAAGGUCUAAGGACAGAAAUGUAUUCAUCAAUAAAGUUCAUUGCAAGUAGGACAGUGUGCAGGGAGUCCCUAUUCACACAGCACACACGGCAUAGUGGGAGACGCGUUGUGUAAUGGAGUGUAUAAUAAAAGUCCCUGCUGUA